CAGCUGCGGGGCGGGGCCGGCGGGAGCGCAGGUCUCCGCUGCCGCCACUGCUGCCUCCGCCUGCCGCUCGGGCCGCCCGCUCGCCAGCCUCUGGGUGCGCUGCACGCGGGGGGCAGCCGCGGUGCAGAGGUUCAUGCGGCGGCGGCGGCGGCGGCGGCGGCGGCGGCGGCGGCUGCUGCUGCUGCUACCGCGGAGGCAGACAGACCCGGCGCUGCCGCCGCCGCCGCCCUCCCCCGGCUACAUGCCGCCGCCGCUGCCGCCUCCUCCUCUCCGGCGAGGGGCGGGGGGCUCCGGACCGGGGUGGGCACCACUCCUCGCAGUGCCGCUCCCCUCCCUGCCCUCCGCGCUGGCCCUGGAGCCGGCGGGGGCGCCCGCCGCCUCCUAGGAGCGCACGCUCCGCGCGCCCUGCCGCGCCCUGGAGAGAGGGGGCGGGCGUGGGCAGGGGCGGGCGGGCGUCGGGGCAGCGGAGACCCGGCAGGGCGGCGAGAGGAGGGGGCUGCCUCGGAGAAUGCCCGGCGCCGGCUCACCGCUCCUAGGCACGGGCUGAGCCGGACCCGGAGCGGGCGGCGCGUCGCCAUGCCGGUGUGACGGGCGCCCCCGGCUGCCCGCGCGGUCCUCCGCGCUGCCCCACGCCGCGCCGCGCCGGCGCCGGGCGGCAGGAUGGGCUGUAUCCAAAGCAUUACCUGCAAGGCGCGGAUCCGGCGCGAGAACAUUGUGGUGUACGAUGUGUGCGCCACCAUCGACCAGUGCCCCACGCGCAUCGAGGAGACCUCGCCCAUCGUCCUGCGCUACAAGACCCCCUACUUCAAAGCUUCGGCCCGCGUGGUCAUGCCCCCCAUCCCCCGCCACGAGACCUGGGUGGUGGGCUGGAUCCAGGCGUGCAACCAGAUGGAGUUCUUCAACACCUACAGCGACCUGGGCAUGUCAAGCUGGGAACUGCCUGACUUGAGGGAAGGGAGAGUAAAAGCCAUCAGUGACUCAGAUGGGGUGAGCUACCCUUGGUACGGGAACACCACAGAAACUGUGACCCUGGUUGGCCCCACCAACAAGAUCUCCAGGUUCUCCGUCAGCAUGAAUGACAAUUUCUACCCCAGUGUGACAUGGGCAGUGCCAGUGAGUGACAGCAAUGUGCCACUGCUCACGAGGAUCAAGAGGGACCAAAGUUUCACUACCUGGCUGGUGGCCAUGAACACCACCACGAAAGAGAAGAUCAUUCUGCAGACGAUCAAGUGGAGGAUGAGGGUGGACAUUGAGGUGGACCCUCUUCAGCUCUUGGGGCAACGGGCCCGGCUGGUGGGCAGGACUCAGCAGGAGCAGCCCCGGAUCCUGAGCCGGAUGGAACCUAUCCCCCCCAACGCACUAGUGAAACCCAAUGCCAACGAUGCCCAGGUCCUCAUGUGGAGGCCCAAGCGGGGGCCACCUCUGGUUGUGAUCCCUCCUAAGUAGAAGCAGACUGGCCUGACUGUGUGUGGAGCACACGCCACUGAGACACACAGUGAGGUUGCCAGGGGUGGCAGGAGCCAAACUGAGUUUCUGAGCCAAAGCAGACCUCGUGGUUUGCCAGCCUUUGCAGCCACUUGUGAAGGGUAGAGCUGCUCCUUGGGUGGUAGAACCAUAAUCCUUAGGAAAAAUCCCUUCCUUUUAGGAAUAAAGAAAUCACUGAUUUGACAGACUUGCUGUGAUUACCAUGCAAGUAGCCAUAUUUUGGAGCUGACCAGGAUGAUUCUUUGAACUAUUGACCAUUUCUUUCCUGUGAGAUGCAGGGGAUGGAAACAAAAGUAAACAGUGCCUGUGGCAAAUGCUGCUUCCCAACCAAUUAGAAGUGGGAGUGAAAACAUCCACACCAGGUGUUUGUAAGACAUACAGUUCCACUGCCCAACUGGAGGGUGCUGGGGAAAGGGUUGGAAGGAAAGUCAGGUGGUGAAGAGAAUGGGCAAUGGAAGGAGGAGGGAAUAAUUUGUUAUUGCAAAAUAAUACCUGUGCAUGUCUUAGUUAAUCAUCAACACACUCACUGGAAUUUAAGAAACGCUAAGAAAACUGGAGACAUGAUAUUGGUUCCAUUCUGAGGGAGAGCCUCCUAGGAACUGUCCAAGUUGCUGACCGUAGUUCUAACUGAUGGUGACUCUCAAUGGUUCCAUCUACCCACCUCUUUCCAAAAACUGCUUAUUUAAAGUAUCCUCAAUCACAGUAUUUGGAUAGAUAGUUCUGUAUUCUGCAAUAGCUGUGAUAUUUGGGGCCUUCACCAUGUUUUUAGUGAAACCCGAAUUGUGAUUUUGUUUACAGCUGCUUAUUCUGUUCCCAUUACCAGCCCUAAAUUUACAAAAAGAUAAUUGUUUAUAAGCCAUGAACCCAUGUAGAGUUUCAAGAACAUUUCUACAAGUAAGAAUAGUAUUUU